CCAAGGGCUUAGAGGUCCCCUCCCAGGAGCAGGUCAAGGGCCAGACUUUCGUUUGGAGUGUGGAGGGUUUGGACAGCUCAGGCCUGCUGAGUCAGCCCUUUACUGACCACCCAGCUGCAGCCGAAGGAAGCUUCUAAUGACUAUUUCCUUGGUGUUUCAGUGACUUGGGUUUCAGGGGCCUUGGGUGUGCUCUUGAGGUACGUAUGUGUGUGUGCAUCGGAAGGGGCUGCCUGUCAGCCAGCGUAGGGUGUUCUGUGUGAAUCAGAGGGCAAGCGGUGUCUCAUCUGGCUCAGAGUUCCCGGCCAGUGGGACAUGUUGACCUCCGGAUUGAUUAAUGGGCCUGGGUGCCUCACCCCUUUGUCCCCAGGGUGGGCCUGCAGACACUAACACUGCUCUUUCCCCUCAGCACUGGCCCAGGCCCCUUCCGAGGACCAACGGUUUGGAGACCUGGCAGAGCCGGCCAAGCCCUUCACGGAUGGAGCUCAGGAUGUCCGGAAGCAAGCGUAAAAGCAGCGGUGAUGUAGCUGGUACUGCUAAGAAGCGCCACGCGAUAACGAUGGAAACAAAAGUGAAAAUAAUUGAGAGAGUGGAGCGAGGCGAAAAGAUGGUAGACGUCGCUCAUUCUUAUAACCUGAAUCGUUCAACCAUCGGCUCAAUCGUAAAGAACAAGGACAAGAUCAUGGAACAUGUGAAGUCUGCUAUGCCGAUGACGUCGACAAUAAUAACGAAGAAGCGUGGAAAAGUGAUGGAGGAGAUGGAGAAACUUCUCAGUGUGUGGAUGCAGGAUCAGCGUCAGCGUCGAGUCCCACUCAGCUUAAUGCUGAUUCAAGAGAAAGCUAAGAGCCUUUAUGAAGACUUGAAGAAGAAACACGGCGAAGAAUCAGAGGGCAAAUCUUUUAAUGCCAGCCGUAGCUGGGUUCACCGGUUCAAGGCUAGAGCCAAACUUCACAAUGUAAAAGUAAGUGACAAGGCAGCGAGUACAGAUACAAUAGCUGCCCGGGAAUUUCCUGAAACGCUUCGAGAAAUUAUUGAUGAAGGCGCGUAUUUACCCGAGCAGGUGUUUAAUGUGGACGAGACAGGACUAUACUGGAAGAGGAUGCCAGACCGAAGUUACAUCAGUAAGGAGGAAAAGUUGAUGCCGGGCUAUAAAGCAUCAAAGGAUAGGCUCACGCUGUUGUUUGGUGGCAAUGCUUCCGGUGAUAUGAAGCUGAAGCCUCUCUUAGUUUAUCAUUCAGAGAACCCAAGAACCCUUAAAAACAUAGCCAAGGGCUCUCUUCCUGUUGUGUGGAAGCAUAACCCUAAAUCCUGGACUGCACAGGCCACGUUCCAGGACUGGUUUUGCCACCACUCUAUCCCAGCUGUAGAGAAAUAG